GAGACAAUCCGGAAGUGGGAGUAAAGAAGAGGUGCCACUUGGCGGCCAUGGCAGCAGUAGUAUUGGCGACUCAGGGUCAGGGCCUGGCUGAGGGAAGUACCAUGGGCAGCACCGGGUGUAGGGCAGAGACAGCAUCGUAUCGACUUUGCUGUUGAAUCCUCCGGCCCAAGUUAGAGACUUGCAAGACGUCUUGCCCAACUCUAGACUCGGAAGGUAGUUUGCUGGGACUGGUGGGCUGGUCCCUUCGCUGGGGGCGUAUCACCUGCGGUGCCACCCCUGGGAACAGGUACCGCUUGUGAAGAAGACACUUGGGUUUACCUCUUUUUCCUGCUGCUACCAGGGGCAUUGUCUAGGGGAGCGAGUCGUUGUGUCACCCUCAUUCCGACGAUUGAGGAGAUCUCUCUUCGCACAAUUUCUCCAUCUGUUACCGACCGGAAUCCCAGUGACUGGCAACCAAGUACCUAAUUGCGCGAAGUUUUCUCUGGUGCUAGUAUCAGCAAAAGGAGCUUGCUUCUUAAAAGAGCGGCGUGCUUCGUGAACACACCGGCUGGUGGCAAGACUGAAAGAAGUGGGGGAAAUUCCCCCGUUUUCUUGGAAGACCACACGUUUAAACAGCCUAAGCGCCUUUUUAAACUGCUGGAAUUUUAAAAGCCUGGUGGUCGAGGGUGACUACAGGAGGGCAGAAUGGAUGAUUUUCUCUCCAUUAGUCUGCUGUCUUUGGCAAUGUUGGUGGGAUGCUACGUGGCUGGAAUCAUUCCUUUGGCUGUUAAUUUCUCAGAGGAGCGGCUGAAGCUGGUGACUGUGUUGGGUGCUGGUCUUCUCUGUGGAACCGCACUGGCGGUGAUUGUGCCGGAAGGGGUGCAUGCACUUUAUGAAGAGGUUCUGGAGGGAAAACACCACCCAGCCAGUGAAACGAAGCAGAAUGCGAUUGCAUCAGACAAAGCAGCAGAAAUAUCAGUUGUCCAUGAGCACGAGCACAGCCAUGCCCACACACAGCUGCACGCCUCCAUCGGUGUAUCCCUUGUGCUAGGCUUCGUUUUCAUGUUGCUAGUGGACCAGAUCGGCAGCUCCCAUGUGCAUUCCACUGACGAUCCAGAAACAGCAAGGCCCAGCAGUUCCAAAAUCACCACCACGCUGGGGCUAGUCGUCCAUGCUGCAGCUGAUGGUGUAGCUUUGGGAGCAGCAGCCUCUACUUCACAGACUAGUGUCCAGUUAAUUGUGUUUGUGGCAAUAAUGCUACACAAGGCUCCAGCAGCAUUUGGGCUGGUUUCCUUUCUGAUGCAUGCUGGCCUGGAGCGGAAUCGAAUCAGAAAGCACUUGCUGGUCUUUGCAUUGGCAGCGCCAGCCAUGUCCAUGCUGACAUACUUAGGAUUAAGUAAGAGCAGUAAAGAAGCCCUUUCAGAGGUCAAUGCCACUGGAGUGGCCAUGCUUUUCUCUGCUGGGACAUUUCUUUAUGUUGCCACCGUCCAUGUCCUCCCUGAGGUGGGUGGAAUGGGGCACAGCCACAAACCUGACACCACUGGAGGGAGAGGCCUCAGCCGCCUUGAGGUGGCAGCCCUGGUUCUGGGUUGCCUCAUACCGCUCAUACUAUCAAUAGGACACCAGCAUUAAAUCAUUCAGGUUCCAGCCGCAGUCCACGGCCAUUCCAUCUGGGAGGAAGAGCACGCGUGUGACGUGACGCUCCUCGCUUCCUCAGUGUCUCGUCUCACCUUGUGCAUCUCUACCUGUGUUCCUAGGGUCUGAGGGAGAUGAGAGUCAAUCGUGGAGAAGUGCAACAACAUAUAGCAGGAACAUCAGAAUUAGACAGAGACUUUGUGUUGUCUUUUAAAGGGACUUUGAUAUAUUGAGUUUUGAUGUUUCUCUUAACCCUAUUCUCAGGGAAGAUGGAAUUUAGUUUUAAAGAAAAGUGGAGAACUUCAUACAAUGAAAUAGUAAUUAUGAAACUGCAGUGUUCUGUAAUUAAGCUAAAGUUUUUUUCCCUUAGUUUAGAGACUCUGCCACUUUACCCAUUGGUUUUUAACAUGGUUCUCACCAUGUAAGACUGGUGCUUUAGCAUCUGUGCCACAUGCCAUGAGAGAAGGUGGGAACACCCAUCCCUUAGAUGCUAAAGAUGACGGCAACUAAUUUGAGGUUAGACUAUGGGAAAUAGGGGCAGGAGACAUAAGCUGAACUGAACCCAAAAGAAACAUCCAUCGAAGGGGGUGUUUAGAGUCUUCAACAACUCCUUCCCACGUGCCUCCCUAAAUAAAGCCUGCCCUUCCUUCCAAUAGAGCAAUGGAGGGGCUGGCUUUUAAAGAGAGGUCUGUUAUCAUAGAGCAUUUUUAAAAAAAUGUAUCCUUUGCAGAAUACUUGUCUGUAGCACUCUUAGUAGCCAGAUUCUGUUCAGGCACAGGAUUUCUGUCAAGAACAGUGAUCACGGUGAAAUUAAGGGACGUUAAGUUUUCCCGGAAUUUGGAUAGUUGCUGAUAUCUUGUAGUAACCUUUUUAAAAAGUAACACUAUUACAAAGAAUGUUGUCUUUUUCUUCUAAGUCAGUGGUUCUCAACCCUCCAGACACUGCAUUCCUUUAAUACAGUUCCUCAUGUUGUGGUGCCCUCCCAGCCAUAAAAUUAUUUUGUUGCUACUUCAUAACUGUAAUUUUGCAACUCUUACAAAUCGUAACCUAAGUGUCUGGUAACAGGAUAUCUGAUAUGCCACCCCUGUGGGGGUCAUGACUCCCAGGCUGAGAGCGCUGUUCUAAGUAUUUCUUUUAGUGGCCAGCAGUCCCUCUGGCUGAGCCCUCUCCCAGAGCGGAAAAUGUUUCUGUCUGCUCCUUAGCUCCUGUGCAGGAGACAGUUGUCUGUAUCAGAGGAGUAUCUGCUGCGGGCCUCAAUCUCCUCGCAAUCAUGUCUACAUCCCACUCUUCCCUGGCUCUCUCCACGCUACUGCUCCCCGUGAUGUCAGACCUUAUGUGAGGUGAAUCCUCACCUCUUGAACCAUGAUGAUGAAGACAGUACUGCCUAGUCUUCAUUUCCUUCAACUAAGUUACCUUUGUAUCUAGUACAACCUUAUUACAGCCUCAAAAAUGUCACCUCCUCAUGUGAGGUGACACAGUCACUAGUACUCUGAUAAUUUAAGCAAUUGAGAUAGCAAAAGUAUUCAACAAAGGUAAUUCUUCCAUGUUUGCCAAAAUCUGAAUAAAUCCUAUCAGAUAAAUGUAUAAUACUGUAUAUUUUCUGUACCAUUUCAAAAACACUUUACAUAAAGAGGGAGCCAAGACUGGUUUCUUCAGAGCAGUGAGUGCAGUCAUUUGUAUUUUUCUGUGACAUCUAUGCCAGCAUGCCUGUAGUUUUCUUUCUUUCUCUCCUAAAUUGUCACUAGGUCAGCCAGCAGCUAUGGGAUUAAACUGUGCGCCCUCUGCUGGCUGUAGUGAAGAAAGCAGAAAUGGGAUGCAGUUCUGUGUGGAGGCUGGUGGCCAUUGCAUCCCUUGCCAAAGUGUUAAUGUGUGCAGUAUGGGAAUGUGGGUGACUCUAGUGAUUAGGCACAAACAGGUGACUCCUUCAAAAGUACAGAUGUCUUGAUCUCUCUAGAAGCUCACUGUGUCUGGUUUGGGUAUAAGUAGCUUCCUUCAUCUCGCUCCGUGCAGUGGUCAGGGAUUUUGUGCUGGCCAGAGCCUCUUUCGUUCAGCAGUGCCUUGCCAUCUCUAAGUUUGUCUAGAAUAUCAUGUUGGGUAGGGCCUUGGACUCUGGCAAGAAAUGAACCAUCAAACUUCCAAAUCUGCCUUCCCCUCCGGGCCUCAGUCAUAGUGAGCUUUCCAAAGCUGGGGCCUUUCCAGACCCGGGGCUGCUGCCUGGGGACAGCACGUCCCUUCCCUGCCCAGCAGACUCAGAUAGCCAUAUGACUCUUAAUAGGGCUCAAAUGCACUAGAUGCAGCAGGAACCAUGCAGAGGCCUCUGCCUAGUGGGGAGAGGUUACUCGUGUGGCAAGCAGUUCCCCCAGAGCAGCCACCUUGAUCGCUUCACUACACGGUUCAGUUCUGUUUCUCCUCCUUAAAACUCCCUCCGGAGGUGUGGAUGCCUUAAUGCGCAAACACAUUUGAACACAUUGGUGAUACUUCAGCUGCUGCCACAAUUACAAGUGGACUUAUGGGUUACCAAAGAAGCAAUUGAUGAAAAGCAUGGGCUAUAUCCUUUCUCAUGACCAAAGCAGUCUUAAUUGGGAUUGGAGUCCCUUUCUCCCAGAAUCUAGAUGGUCUUCAGAUUCCGAGCACCCUCCCCUCCCCUCCCCAGUUCCCAGUGUUGCCAGUCUCCAAGUCAGCAGGGCAGUGUUGUCCCAUCUGACUCUGCUUUCCUGUGUGUGCUGUUGCCAGCUUGUGCCCUUACAGGCAGACUUCCUGGCCUGGAAAUACCAGCGGUUGGAACGGUACUACCCGCUGAAACAGUGUAUUCUCUUCCCUGCUUCACCUUAGUCCUCAGAUUCUCAGUUCAGAACAGCCAGUUCAGCUGUUCCGGGGGUGGCGGGGUUGGAUCAUUAGAAGAAAGGAAGGGUCUGUUCUUAUAGAAAGGGGAAAAUAGAAAUGGCUGGUUUUAUUUUUCAAGUGUUAGAGAUAGGAGGGGCAUAGCAGUAACAGAGUGUCUUAAGCCCUGACCCUCAUGCUAGUGCAGUUCUGGACAUGGGACUGUAUGUCAAUAGCACAAGCCUCUAAGACGCUCCUGCCUUUUUGAACAAGAACCCCAGACUAUUGCAUCACAGGCCAUCAUUUGGCAAGAGAGUCCUUGUGGCAGACUUUGUUCAGUACAGGUGGGACUCACCCCUGAAGAACACUGGUCGAGGUAUUAUACAGCUGCAACCCUUUUGUACUUAGACAUUGAAGUUCAGCUCAGGAGACCUGAAGAUGGGGGCUGGUGGGGAAGGACGGGCAGACAUGUGGACUUGUUUACACGUGCUCAGUCCCCAUAGUGGCUAAGCUCAGAGAGGGGCUUUGCUCUCUGUCUGGUGUGUCUUCCUGUAAGCUGGAGCUCUAAUGGGAUGCUAACACCAUGAUUCCCCUGGCUUGGUGGCCUAAAUGGUGAUUUUAAAUGUCCCCCUUUCUAGAUUCUUUGUACACAUAAACUCAUUCCAUGGAUGGCUGCCUUAUAAUUUUGUCUCUUUCCACUUUAAUCGUGAAUGGUUUAAAAAUUGCUGUUUUUUUGAUUUGUUUUAUGAUAUUAAAUUUUUAUUAGUGCAUACCUUA